AUGCAGAACGGCAAUUCAGCCUUCGAAAUCGCAGUUCCCAAAGCGACAGUAACACAGUCCAGACUGUUAGCAGUUGAUAUCGACAACCACGUUAAUCUUCCUACAGGGGCGCGCGGAAACCUGGGACCAUCUAUAGAUAGUCCGCGAGGUUCCCCAAAAGACUCGCAUAAGUACGAAGAUUAUACACUUCUGCAGCAACACGUACUCUUCUGGGACCGGGAUAACGAUGGCCAGAUUACACCCAUCGAUACAUAUAUCGGCUUUAGGGAACUAGGGUUUAAUAUCAUAUUCUCUCUCCUGGCAGUUCUGGUCAUAAAUCUCAAUUUUUCAUAUCCGACCAGGCUUGCGUAUUCGUGGUUCCCUGAUCCUUUCUUCAGAGUCUAUGUGCCUAGUAUCCACAAGGCAAAGCACGGUUCAGACAGCGGCGCAAUUGAUAACGAGGGACGUUUCGUUUCGCAGGCAUUUGAGAAUAUCUUUGCCAAGUACGACAGGGAAAAUCGCGGUUGCUUGAGUCUUGCCGACAUCUUUCGCAUGAUGAAAGGGCAGAGAGUCGCUGCUGACCCGUUUGGUUGGGGAGCAGCCUUCUUCGAAUGGGGGACAACCUGGCUAUUGCUUCAGAAAGGUGGAAUGGUCUACAAGGAAGACCUGAGACAGGUCUAUGACGGGUCACUAUUCUGGAAGAUUCGCGACAAGCGAUUAAAAGCAGAAGGUUGGCGCCAGGGUUUUGGCCUAGGAGGUGAUGGAUUUAUUGGAUCCGUUAAGGUUACCUAG